AUGGGACGAAAAAAACGGCAACAAAACAAAAAUGUUGACGGUUAUACUAACACUAAAAAACAAAAAUUGUCACAUGAAAAAGCAACUAAUAGAAACAAAUCUCGUUUUGAAGAUUUAGCAAAUGAAAUUAUAUAUGAAAUAUUUGAAUAUCUCGAUGUUUAUCAUGUUUAUCAAGGAUUCUUUUAUCUUAACAUACGAUUUCAAAAUUUACUUAUCAAUACCAAUCUUCCUAUUCAAAUCAAUAUUCCAACAAUGUCAAAAACAAAUUUUGAACUUUAUCAUCAAAAUAUGAUUAAACCAAAUAAACAUCGAAUAGAUCUUCUUCAUUUAUCAAAUCCUUUUACUGUUGAUAUUAUUUUCUCACCACCACGUCUAAUUUUACAAUUUAUUCAAUUAGAAACAUUAAUUCUUGAUAAUAUUGAUGCAAAAUAUCUUCAUAACAUUCUCAAACAUUCCAUUCUUUUACCAAAACUCUAUUCAUUAGUUCUUACACCUAUUGAUUAUGUCCAAGAUCUAAGUACUCUUUUCAUUUAUAUAUUUCGUUUACCGAAAUUAAAGUCUUGCAAAUUUACAUAUCGAACAAAAGAUGAUGAAGAACUAUUGCCGAUUUUUUUAGCUGAUUUAAAACAUAGUUCGAUUGAAUAUCUUGUAAUAAACAGUCGUUUUCCAUUUGAUUCCUUAAGUGAUUUCUUUUUUUGUCUUUCAAAUCUUCGUUAUUUAUCAAUUAAUUGUCUUGUGGGAUCUCGUCAUAGUGAUAUUCAUAAUUAUCCUAUUGUAUUAAAACAUUUAAAACAUGUUUCAAUGAAACUUGAUUAUAUACAUUUCAAUCUAUUAAAAAAAUUAAUUAAACAUUUUUUUCGUCAUGUCGAAGUUUUACGUCUUACAACACAAUUUUAUCACGCAUAUUUAAAUGCUAAACGAUGGCAAGAAUUAAUUCAAACUCAUAUGCCAAAUUUACGUAUUUUCGAUAUACAUCAUGAGGAUUCUAUAGAAGAUAAUCAUAUAUUGUAUCAUAAUUUAAUGGAAGAAUUUAAUUCAUUAUUUUGGAUUGAACGACAAUGGUUUUUUGCUCAUCAACAUGAUUGGCAACAGACAUUAGAUAGUGGAAUAUUUUAUUCAACAAAUCCAUAUCGAAGAAAAGAUUAUACAUUUUAUUGGGAAUUAGAUCAACAAUUGUGUCCACAUAUUCAAGAAAAUAAUUUAAAUUCAGUUAAACAUGUUCAUAUUUGUAGUAAACAAGCUAGAAAUAAUUGUGUCAAUUAUUUUCCAAAUGUAAUCGAAUUAACAAUUAAACAUUUUUUUCAAACAUCAGAUCAUUCAAUUUCAAUAACUUUGAAUCGAAUGAUUCCUUUAAAACAAUUGACUAAAUUAGUUAUUGAAUCUUAUGAUUUUCCUUUUGAAGAAAUUGUUAAAUUAUUAUAUUUUACACCUAAUUUACAUACAUUAAAAUUAGAUUUACUUCCUCUUUAUAAAACAAAUUUAAAAGUAUUUCAACAAAAUGAAAUUUUUCAAUAUGUAUCAAAUAGAAAUCAUAUUCGAAAUUUAGAUCUUCGUCAUUGGUGUACAUUAAAACAUUUUCGAUUGAUUAUGAAUUUAUUUUCACAAGUUGAAUAUCUUAAAACCGGAAUAGAAAGAAAAGAAAUUCAAAAAAUUAUAGAAUUUUUAUUUUCAAAAACGAAUAAUAAAACGCAUCAUUUAUUCUUUUUGUGUAUUUCUCCAACACCUAAAAUAUGUUUACAAGAAUUAAAAGAUUUAAUUCAAUCAGAAAAUUUACUUGAUCAUUAUUCUAUUAAAUAUAUUAAGCGGGAUUUGUAUUUAUGGUGGUAG